CCCUUCCGGUGCAACCGGGCAGUGGGUGUCCUUUGACCCCGGAAGUAGGUGAGCCUGGUUUCCGUCCUUCCUCAAGAUGGCGGAAGCGGUGGCUACGGUGACCGAGAACGGAGAUGCGGCGGCCGGAUCGCGACUGCCGCAGUUACUGGAGAUCGGCCGCCGGCUCCUAGGUGAGGUGGAGGACACCACUGAGUCGACGAACUCUAGGUUCAUCCAAGAGAAGGUGAAACGGGGCUUGGAGAGCCUGGAGAAAGCUUCGCGCAUGAUGGCGCAGCUUGACCUGUUCAGCCUCAACGAGGAGCUGGAAGAGAUCUCUUCCGCUGACUUAAAGUAUCUGAUGGUGCCCGCUCUCCAGGGAGCCCUUACUUUGAAGCAGGUCAGCGUCAGCCACCGGCUGGAGCAAAUACAGGCUGCCCGGGCCCACUACAUGGACUUUUUAAAGCGGUGUCAGAGCUACCAGGUCACGAAGUUUGAGCUUCCCCCAAGCCUGGACAGCCCCCCUGGAAAGAAGUCGGUGGAUGCGCCCGUGGGAAGCCGGCAGAGCCUCGUUGCCAUGGCAUCUCGUCGACAAGCCAAGAUCGAAAGAUACAAGCAGAAGAAGGAGCUGGAGAACAAGUUGGCAUCUCUGGAAUCUGCCAUGGAGAGUGGCCGAGCAGAUGAGGAACAAGUCCGAGAGUAUUACCUGCUUCACUUACAGAAGUGGAUCAAUAUCAGCUUGGAGGAGAUCGAGAGCAUCGACCAAGAAAUAGUGAUCCUGAAAGCCCAAGACGCGGGAAAGCAGGCCUCAAGUUCAAGGAUGCCUCCACAGAGCAGACUUCCAACCAAACCUUUCAUUCUCACCCGGGACACUGCCCAGGCCAAGGUAUUUGGCUCUGGCUAUCCUAGCCUGGCAACCAUGACAGUGAAUGAGUGGUAUGAGCAGCGCCAGAAAUGGGAUACGCUCAAGAAUACAACAGUAAACCUCAGUCAGGAGGCAGAACAAAGUCAGAAGGAGACAAAGUCAGAAGAGGAUGAUGAGGACACGGUACACAGAAAGCGUCACUGGGACGACUGGAAGGACACGCAUCCACGGGGUUAUGGCAACCGGCAGAACAUGGGCUAAUCUCCCCGUGAAGAAAUAGGACCGGAGGGGCUUGAAGCUUCGCCUCCAGAGGAAAGUUGUAUAGGUUCCCACUCCCCUGCCCUCCUCCCUCUCCCGUGUACAAUGACAUCAGAGAUAGGUUAUGUUACUGUACAUUUAAUAAAGUGUCAGAAGGCUUAAGGGUGCACUUGUAGCCUGGCUGAUGAGCUGACAGAGCUGUUGCAGGUGUUACUCUUGAGCAGAGAUUCCCAGUUUCCCAGACAUUCCCAAGUAAGUGGAAAGGAAAACACAAUAAGAAAUGGCUCUAUGUUAUUGACAGUUGUAUUGAUUGUCGUUAAAAAAAUAAAGUCCCAAGUUGUAACUUAAGCCUCCAUGGAGCCAAGCCCUUUCCGAGGCUGGGCUAGAUAGAAAUCCAUGGAAGAGCCACUGGGGCUUUACUCCAGCCCUAGGUGACAGCCCCCCUUCUGCCCUCCAAGUACUUUGGAUGCCAUGACAUUUACAAAAGGACAGAAACAGGGGCCAGGAUUUUCCCUGCCUCUCAGCAUCACUUUCAGGAAUCGGGGCCAUAACUGAACUCUGGUGGACACCCAAGGCCAGCCAUCACAGACUGUUCCUCAGGCACUACUUGAAGCAGUUUUCAAAUAACAGCAGUGCCUUAGGUCCCAUGUGAAGGCUAUGCUAUGUCAGGGACACAAGAUCGUGGGACUCCCAGUGCCUCUGAUUCCCACCUCUUUCCUUCAUCUUAAGUCUUUGAAGUCAAAACUUCUUCCCUUGUAGCUCCUCUCCGAGCUCCAUCUGAUGAUUCAUAGAUGACAUCUUGCAGAGAUCGUCUUCUUGGGGGCCACAGGCAUCCAGUUUUGCAGAAGUGUUUACCAUGUCUUAGAGAGAAGGAGAGGUUGGCUCAGGCCCUCAUCUCUGGCAUUUUAAUGCUUGGGAUGCACUUGUACUCCUCCAGGAUCUGGCAGCUCAUCAGUGUGGCGAUUCCUUCCAAUGUGUCUUCCCUCAGAUCAUCACAGAGGAGUCCAGACUGUAGUCGAAGGUCCUUCCUUGGGUUCUUUGAACAUUGAGAGGCUACCGUUGAAGCUGCCUGCUAGUCGUCUCUUGCUCUCAGUACGUGACAAAGCUGUCUUUUCGAAUCAUAGAUUUCUUGAUGAUGCCCCCCUCCAUAAUUCCUUGCUUGUAAUGUGUUGGACCCUGCUCAGACUCACCAGGAGCCUCUCCAUUGUCCCCUGGACGAUACUCGGCGUGGCUUCUGUGGAGACUUACCACGUUCCACUUCUCGGCAGCACGUCCCCAGGAGAAUGUUGGUAGCAAAUAGGUAGGACUUACUUAGUUUUGAGGAGAAGCUGGGGUCAUUUGAAGAACGCUGCCAUUGCCUCUUCCUCCUAUUCAAUUAUGAGCCUAAAUUCAUUGUCCAUUUGCAGGAUCCAUCCUAGAUAUCUGCUGAUGGAUGAGUUCUAUAUACUGUCCAUUCUGUUACAUCUCAUCUUCUGGACAGUAAGUAGUCUUCAUCCAUUUGGUUUUUUCUGGUAUGGCGUGUUAGGCCUAACUCUUUUAAGGAGUUUAUGGAUUUCAUUUAAGAGUCUCUACUCUGCAGUGUUCUGAGUCUUGAAGCAGUCAACGUAGUGCCAUCCAUGACAUAGAAGCAUCUAGAGGACAUCACCAUCUCUAGAGAACCCCUCUGCCAUCUGGACCCUGCAUUGAAUCUUCUCCAGGACAGUAGCAGAUAGAUUUGGCAAGCACACAUAUCCUACUUUGAUAGAUUCCCGAGUAGUGGGUCUUGGAACAAACUUCUGUCCUAUGGUUCAGGGGACAAUGUAUGCCAUCGAUAUAUGCAGAGGAGCCAAGUUGGAGAAGAGCUUUUAAGGUGGUGUUUGGUUCUGUCAAAUCAGAUGCUUGUUUUAUUGAGGAAACAGUAAGCACAGUGGAAUCUUAUACUCUCUCAGUCAGUUGUUUGAUAGUAAAGAUACUACAUGGAAUUUCAGUUGUGAAAGCCUGCUUGCUGAUUUCUAAUAACUUUAUUAAGUGUGCACUCAAUGUGUGUGUAGAUUACUCUUAGGAACUUUUAUAUAGAUGGGGAACAUAGUUACAGGUAUUCUGUAGGUCCCCUUUUUCUUUCUUUUUCUCGUAAUAAAGUCUGAGAUACUUUUCUGUGCUUUCGUCAUCUUCCCUUUCAGCUGCCUGGAGAAUCGAUCUCUUAGUGCCCUCCGAAUGAUGUUGCCUUCUCCUGAUUUUCUUAUCUUCAUUUUCGUCAGUUGCCAUUUCUACUUCUCUUGUGCUCUUCAAGUCCACAUGUGAUAGCUAUGCUGCCUCGAUGGCAGAAAAAAGUUUUUAAUCAAGAUUACUGCAGAUGUUUUCUCUCUUCGAUCUCUUUAUCCUCCUCCUUUCCAUUUCAUCCUCCAGCCCCCUGAGGAUAGAUGCCUAUUACUUGGGUCUCUCACCAACAUUUCUUCAACCUUCCACUGCUUCCAGUUUUAUGAGAUAAUGCUGUCCACAACCUCCCACCGUCUGCUUCCAUAAGAUUUUUACAAACUUGGUUAUAUUUGAAGUGAGUACUGUUCUCGUCUGCCGUGUUCCUCCACUGAGCAGAUAGAUCAAGUGUUUGUUGAUUAAGGCAGUUUUCAGGAUCUUUGAGACUCGUAAUUAGGGCAAUUGAUUUACAUUGGUUAAACAGUAUGAAAUUGUUACAGUAAUUGUCAACAUCCUGUCCUUCAUUUAUUUCUCAUGUUUUUAGAAUCAACUUGUUUAAGACGGAUUGGAAUUGUUUUUAAUUGCAUGCCAUGUCUUUUCCUUAUUUUUAUUCUGCUGGUUUUGUAUGAAUUUUAACUUUUGCUCUAAGAAGUCGGUCGUCUUGACUGUAUGCAGAUAGUUGAUUUAGGAAUGACUCGCAUCAAUAAUGAGUCAUUCUUUCUCUGUUAAAAUAGCAAUUAAAUGUGGUGCUUGACAUGUUCAGCAUAUUAUGAUUCUAGAUGGGCCAGUUGGUGAUGAACUACUUGGCCAUGGCAAACCAUGAAAUCAUGAAAAGAAAAAUCAAAAAUGGUCUCAUUCCUACACAGGGCCUAGUCCAGGCCAAACCUUUGUUGUUAUUAAACUUUUGAUGGGAGGGAUGAGUACCAUUGUUUAGUGAUUGAUAGCAUGUAUGGCUGUAUUUGGGAAGAAGGGAUUUAUAACACAAAUUCCAGGAUUUUUAAGAUACCCAGGCCCAGCUCUUGAGCUGAUAUCCAGAAGACUGAAUGUACUGGAAAAAAAAAAAAAUCUGUGUAGAAAAUAAAUGAUGUCCUAAGCA